GGUAAAAGCAAACAAGCAUUUGCAGCGUUGUACUAGUAUUUUCUUUUGAUAUUUUUUGAUUCUUUUCACGGACUGAACUUAUUUCUAUUUCAAAGACACAUUGAAGAAGAACUACGGUUGCUGGAUGCGAAAAACUAUGAAAACAGAAAGAUUACAUGUCACAGAAGAUGCUUACGUCACAGCGUCAGAAAAAUUCGUUGCAAAACGUGGUCAUCAAGCUAUGCGACACCUUAUCAAAGACAAACUACAGCAAGGAGACGAUAUGCGGCCCUUUUAUAUCGCCAACUUGGAUGACAUAGUCAACAAGCACAAGCACUGGGUGAAACUAAUGCCACGUGUCAAACCCUUCUACGCCGUGAAAUGUAACAACACUGAGCCAGUCGUGAAGACCAUUGCGGCACUUGGGGCGGGGUUUGACUGCGCCAGUAGCGCCGAGUUCCAACAGGUUCUAAAAUAUGGGGUGGAAACAGAUAGAAUAAUAUAUGCCCAAACGUGUAAAGAUCCCGAAGAAAUCAAACAUGCGUCAGAACGAGGCGUUGAUCUGAUGACAUUUGACAAUGAAGAUGAACUUGUGAAAAUAAAACAUCUAUAUCCUCAUGCAAGACUCGUAUUACGAAUUCUUCCACAAGUACAAAAGGCCGUUCUUAAAAUGGGGAAAAAAUUUGGAUGUGCCAUUAAAAACUGUAAAGGACUUUUACUGAAGGCGAAAGAAUUGGAACUGAAUGUCGUUGGAAUCAGUUUUCAUGUUGGUUCGUCAUGUCUUGACGCCUUCGCCUACGAACACACCAUCAGUCUAUGUCGCGGCAUCUUUGACAUGGCCAAGACCAUCGGUUACAAUUUCAACUUACUUGACAUCGGUGGUGGAUUCCCUGGUUUUGAGACUGAAGAAAAACUAUCAUUAUCUGAAAUUGCCAAGGCAAUUAACAAUUCACUGGAAAAAUAUUUCCCGGAGGGUGAAAAUGUUAAAGUGAUUGCAGAGCCCGGACGUUACUAUGUACAGUCUGCUUUCACUCUUGCAGUACGGGUAAUAGCAAGACGGGUGGAGCGACCGGACUCGUAUCAUGACGAUCCAUCAGAUAGAGAUGACGCACAGAAAACCUUUAUGUACUACCUAAAUGACGGCCUCCACGGUUCCUUCUACGUCCAUAUUGUGUUUGAGAAACAUGCGCCUGAUUUUUAUUUACUUGAGAACAAAGAUUCCAUGCCAGUGUUCCAAAGCAGCUUAUGGGGACCAACGUGCAACCCCUUUGACUGUAUAACACAAGAAAUAGAACUUCCCGAGCUGGACAUCGGAGACUGGUUGUACGUGCCUAACAUGGGGGCAUAUACGACUGUCCUCUUGUCUUCUUUUAAUGGGAUACCGACACCGAAAAUCCACUGGAUCGCUUAAGACAGAGUGAUUUGUGAACUUGGUUAUCACAGUGAUAAAUAUGUGACUGUUGACAAGACUGUGUAACUUUACUUGUCAUAAUACGGAGCUAGACAUAUUUGUGUCAGUCUGGCAGUACAUAACUUACAAAAGGUUAGUCGCAAAGGUAUAUGAAAGUGAGUCUUUUAUCCAUCUUUUUGAAAAGAUAGUUUUAUAUAUUUUAUACAUAUUUUGUUUAACUGUAAGAAAAUUUUAUAUUGAGGAUAUUAUCAUUCGAAAACAUUUGCAUAGGCCAGUAGAUUUUAUCAUCGGAAUAUUAUUUUUUUAUAUUUUAUGCGUAGACAAUCGUGUCCACAUUAAGUUAUUCGUGAUUUAAUGUACUUAAUUCUAGAAGACAAUGUUUAUUUGUUAUUUUAUUUCUUACUUUUUUGCUCCUUGUCCGAAGGUUGUUAAUUUACAAAAUACCAUUUAUUGUUGUUCAACGCUUGUUUUUCAUCAGUUGCUGGUGUGCAUAUGCCAUUUAUGUUUCGUUUUAAGGUUUUUCGACCGCAAUGUUUUGUAUAUUAUUUAAGUAAAAACACAGUCAUUCCAGAUGUCACUUGUUUUAAAUAAAAUCUAACUUCAAUCAAACUUUCUCUCUAUUCUCUAUACAGCGUUUAUCCGCGACUAUUUUUAGCUUUAGUAUGUAUAUCAAUUUUUCACAGUAAUAAAACAUUGGGUUACAUUCCAAUUUUCAGAAUUUUUUUUCUGGAGACCAAAAUGUGAGACCAAAAGUCGAGUAUCAAAUAAAAAUAUAAGUGCAAUUUGAUAGUUAUGAAAC